AUGGCGGAGGCAUCUAAGGAUAGCGCUCCGUAUUUUGCAACAGCUGUCCUUCCUCUUUACCACGGUCCUCUUGUCAAGAUCAACAUCAAGCCUAGCAAUCAUGAAUUCAAAAUCUCCAAACAGCUGCUCUGCGCGGAAUCUCCGGUAUUUUCAGCAAUGUUCGAAGGUCAUUUCAAAGAGUCCCAGGAGAUGAUAGCAGACCUGGAAGAAAUGGAAUGUGUUGUCUCGGAUCCCGGAGAGCAUAUUACGGCUGCGAUGGAGCUCGUUAGACUCGCGGAUAAGUACAAUAUUGUGGGACUGGAAACCAAAAUGGCCCAAUAUAUUAGGGAGAUAAUCAUCGCCAAUCCACAUCCAGAGGCGAAGAAGUUUUGGCCACCUGUCGACAUUAACACUUAUUGGAUUGACCGUGAACAUAUUAUCUCAGCGAUCUCCUUACGUCGAGAACAUCCAGUACGACAAACUCUGGCCGCAGCCUCUGUCGCAGGGUAUCUCCGAAGCGAUAAUUACAAAUUCAUCGAAGAGACUCAGGAAUACCCCUCCUUUGCAGCAGAUUUGCUUCUUGAAGUCGGAUCGGCACUGGACAGGCCAAACUCUAAGCCAGCUGGCACGUUCGAAGACCCCAUUAGUAGAAAGGUAUUAGAGCUGGAUCGCGUGAAACCAGACGUUUAG